UCCAUCAUCAUCAUCAUUCAUCAGUACCAAUCCAAAAGAGCCUUUAUUAUUACACUGUCAAAGCUUAUUUUUAACUCGUGAGCUGAUUCGCUGAGUUCCACAAACUCCCGCAGACACUUAAACAAAAACCAUGAGUUGGUUCCAUAGACUCGAUCUCAUCGACCCGUACACGUGUUCUCCACUCCUCCUCCGAGAAACCUCCAUUGUUGAACCUUCAUCAUUGUUUUUAGGGUUCCCUUCCUUCAUCGACGACGAUGUUGAAGAUCUGUUCGGCUUUUCAUCACCUAGUCCACUCGAUCUGUUCGAACCCGUGACGGAUCUGGUUCAGAUUGAGAAAUCUGGGUCGUCUUGCAAGUACAAGGUGAUACGUCGGAGGCUGGAGCCGGAGUAUCCUCUCAAGUAUCUUUGUGACCGUGUUUCUGAUUUGGAAUCCAAGUUUGAUAGACUUGUUGGUCCUAAGAGCCGUGAUUGUGAUAGGAAGUAUACAUUGACGAAAGAGAUCAAGGGGAGUGGUGAGAGGAAGUAUAAAUGGGAAGCGGAGGUUCAAGGACCGCCGGGGAGGAAGUACAAGGUGGAAGCAGAGAUGGAGGGGGAGACGGAGACCAAGUACAAGUGGGAAGCUGAGAUUGAAGGCCCGGGAGAGAGGAAGUACAAAUGGACGACUGAGAUCAAAGGAGGGAAGAAGGAUGAGGAAGGCUUAAAGCUAGUUGCUUUGAAGAAGGAGAAGGCUAAGGCGAAAGCGAAAGCUAUUGCUGCUGCUGCUGAAGCGGAGGAGAUGAAGAAGAAGACGAAGAAGAAGAAAAGUUACAACUGGACGACGGAGGUGAAGAGUGAGAGAGAGAAUGGAGAGGUUUCGCAUACUUACAUCAUCAAGGCUUCUACUGGAAGCGAGAAAAAGAAACAUGAGGACAAGGAGAAGAAGGAGAAGAAGAGCAAGAAGAAGGAGAAAACUCGUGUUGUAGCGAUUGAGGAGGAGGAAGAAGUAGAAGAUGAGUCGCAAGAACAUGGAGCUAUCGUUCUCAGGAAGGCGUUUGCCAGGAGAAAUGGAGCUGUUAGGACUAAGAAGGGGAAGAAUAAGGAAAUGCCACCUGACUAUGCGGCUGUGAUGAUCCAGAGGGCCUUCAAAGCUUAUUUGGUUCGUCGUUCAAAAUCAUUGCGUACUCUUCGUGAUCUAGCUAUUGCAAAGACUAAACUGAAGGAGCUGAGAGCUUCAUUCCACAACUUCAGUUACCGUCGCCUGAUUGCUCAUGAUGCAGAGGAGCGCCAGAAAUUCUCAGAAAAGAUCAUUGUACUUCUCCUCACUGUUGAUGCCAUAGAGGGAGUUGAUGUAAUGGUUCGAGGAGCAAAGAGAUCCAUGGUGGAUGAGCUCGAAGCAAUGUUGGAUGUGGUAGAUCCGCAACCACAGGGGAAAUCAUUGUCGAUGAGAAGAAGGACAUUCGAUAUGCCAGACAGUUUGAUCCGCAAAGAAAUCGCAGACGGAGUGACUCAGAUCGUCCAGAUGCUUGAAACAGAAGAAGAAUGAUGGAACUGUGUGUGCUUGUGACUUGGGGGCUGUUUUUGUUGUGUUUGUGUCUGGGAAUAAUUAAUUAGCCUCUUUAGUUUGCUUACUGUUCUGAAUGUUUCUAAUUAUGCAGACAAAAUAAGAAUAAGAGAGUGGCUUAGAUAAGAGAGUAGUGUCUCUUAUCAGUGUCAUUUCUCAAAUCUUGUCUCUUGUGUCUUCUUAGUGUGUUUGUCUUUAUCAGGAUAUGUUAUUCCUUUGUGUUCCCAAACUGGUAGACUCUCUUUUGCCAAAUUGCUUAUGAGUUAGUUAUGCUUAUGUCUA